ACAGAGUAGGUGAGAGAGAGAGAGAGAGAGAGAGAGAGAGAGAGAGAGAUGGCAGCUUCAUCUGUGCCAGACAUAAAUGUCGUUGCCCUUUCUGGCUCCCUUCGCAAAGCUUCCUACAAUCGUGGCCUCAUUCGCUCUGCAAUCCAGUUAAGCCAGGAGUCCAUUAAGGGAAUCAAUAUUGAAUACGCCGAUAUCUCACCACUCCCUUUCAUCAAUACCGAUCUCGAGGUCGACGGCACUUACCCACCGGUUGUCGAGGCCUUCCGUCAGAAGAUCCUUGCUGCCGAUUGCUUUCUCUUUGCUUCUCCUGAGUACAACUACUCUAUUACCCCUCCUCUGAAGAAUGCGAUCGACUGGGCAUCUAGACCUCCAAAUGUUUGGGCUGGUAAGCCGGCUGCCAUUGUAAGCGCUGGAGGAGGUUUUGGUGGAGGAAGAGCACAGUAUCAUUUGCGCCAAAUUGGGGUUUAUCUUGAUCUUCAUUUUAUAAACAAGCCGGAGUUUUUCUUGAAUGCAUUCCAACCUCCGCAGAAGUUUGAUAGUGAUGGCAACUUAUUGGAUGCUGAAGCCAAGGAGAGGUUAAAACUGGUUCUUUUAUCAUUGCAAGCAUUUACUUUGAAACUUAGUGGCAAGUGUGAAUAAAUCCAUGCAAAAUCAAAUCCCUGCUCCAGAAUAAAUACUGCUAGAUACCGCAUUCUUCUGUUGCUCCAUCGCACUUUAGGCAUGUGUUAAUGUAUGUUCACUUGACAGCAUUUAUCAAAUUGAUGUGCAGUUAUUUCUACUUUCAUGGGUUGAAAUGAAGAAACCCAGAAAAUACUCUUUUGUGUUACCAGUGAUUACAUUUUAAUUUGGAUUUAUGAUGGUGAUUCUGACCUCAAGUAUAUCUAAUCUAAAUUUUUCUAGAUAAUGUUCUACACAUUGGAAAGGUUUUAUUAUUUUU